UCCGCCGCCUGAUUGGGAUGCUUUGUAUCUGGAGAGGCGCUCCUGAUUGGCCUGAGGGCCCCCCAGCUCCGGACUUGUCCUCCAUUCAGCCCACUCAAGGGCUGCACAACUGCUUCUCACCCUGCACGGAGCUCGCUGCACGCCAGCUCGCCGGGCUUGCCUGGGUCUACGGUGGGGAACCUGCCGGCCACGUUGGCGGGGGUCCCAGCCCGCACCUUCGGUCCGCCCUGUGCUCUCUUUGGAGCUGCCAGCCCCCAGCAGAGCCUGCACUCUUCAUGGAAAGCCCCGCGCGGUUCCCGUGGUGAUGGCAGCUGACAGUGAUGUGAAGAUGCUGUUGAAUUUUGUCAACCUGGCGUCCAGUGACAUCAAGGCAGCCCUGGACAAGUCGGCCCCCUGCCGCCGCUCUGUGGACCAUCGCAAGUACCUGCAGAAGCAACUCAAGCGCUUCUCUCAGAAGUAUUCGAGGUUCCCUAGGGGCCUGCCUGGCAGGGUGACGGAGCCUCAUCUGCCCAGAGGGCCGGAAGAGAGGCCUGGGCAGCUGCCCCUCCACCCGUGCCCCGAAUCCAGCCCUGGCGGGGAUGGGUGCUGCAAGGAGAAGGCCCUGGGGACCCCCUUCAGGGAGGAGUGCCUUUCUAAGGAGCAGAGCUUUGGGGGGCUGAAUGCAGAGGCUGCUAGACCUGGCCAGGUGCCCAUGAGGAAGAGACAGCUGCCUGCUUCAUUCUGGGAGGAACCAAGGCCCACCCUGAGCUACUCAAUGGGGCUGGAGGUGGGCCUAACACCCAGGGAGGCAUCUCUGUAUGAGAAUAAGAAAAAUUGCAAGGGUCUUGAGUCCCUGGGGCCUGAGACGGCUCCAUUGCCCAUGUCCCCAAGGGUUCUAGCUGACACGGAGCCACUCAAGAUGUCUGGGGUAUCUUUGGUAGGCAGCCUUGAUGCCUGGAGCUACUGCCCAUUCCAGUACCAUGGACAGCCCAUCUUCCCCAGCCUUCCAGGGGUCCUGCCACAAGGUCCAGUACCCAGUCUGGGCUUGUGGAGGAAAAGCCCAGCCUCACCAGUGGAGCUAACCCACUUCUGCAAGGAUGUGGACAAUCCAGGGCCCAAAGUGUACAGACCCGUGGUUCUGAAGCCUAUUCCCACUAAACCAGCCAUGCCUCCGCCCCUCUUCAAUGUCUUCGGCUACCUCUAGCUGGAUGGCCUUAGCCCCCUUUGUUGGCCUGCAGGAUGGGGUCUCUGAUAAGCUCUCCAAGUGAGAAGAGAGCAGGGCAGGGGUCUAGCCGGGCUGCUUCAGGGAGGGGGCUCCUCAGCCAGGCAUCUAUUCGACUCUUGCAGUCUAUGGGGCCAGGCACAGGAGCCCUUCCCCAGGAGACACGCCUCCCUAUCCCUGUGGAGACCAUGGGCAAUGGGACCCUAGUCUGUUCAGCUGCCAUCUGCUGGGGGGUGGGGGAGGG